AUGGAGGACCAGCAGGUCGACAAGCUCAAGUCCAAGUACGGCGGCCUGCCGACGCAGAAGGGCAUGCUCGAGCGACGGCUCAAGGGUGGCGACAAGAAGCACUUUGACUCUGCGGACUGGGCUCAGGACAAGGCCUCGCCACCGGCCGAGAGAAGGCCGGUGGAGGCGGCCUCGUGCCCGUAG